AUGAAAUUCGCCCUUGCCGCCCUCGCCGUCGCGGCUGUCAAGCCUGUUCUGGCUGAGCCCACCACCAUCGUUUACCGUACUAUUGUCGAGUACAUCACUGUCACCGACCAGACCAGUACCUACACUACUGCGGCCACCAUUACCCAGGCGCCUAUUCUGCAGGCUAUCGCCAACGACCCGUCCAGCUCGUCUUCCGCCGCGCCCAGCUCCUCCAUCGAGCCCAGCAGCUCUGUUGAGCCCAGCUCUUCUGUCGAGCCCAGCUCCUCUGCCGUGGCAAGCAGCUCGGUCGCGUCCAACUCAACCACCGUUGUGUCGUCGGCCGUCCCCACCGUGCCCUUCUACAACACGACCAACUCCACCAACACGACUACCAGCUCUGCUGCGCCCAACACGACCACUGUGUACACCAAUACCUCGACCCCCGUGUACCCCAAUACGACCACCUCCGUCAACACCUCGACCUCGGUGGUUGUGACCGCGUCGACUUCCUCCGUAGAGGUCACCACGACCACCACUGCUGUCCCUACCUCCAGUGCUGCCGAGUCCUCUGCUUCCGCCACCAGCACCGUUUCCCACAAAAACACCGCGCCCCUGGCCGUCGCCAACCUGGGUCUCGCUGCUGUCGCUGCCGCCGCGUUCCUUCUCUAA